AUGGCUGCACCAAUUUCAACCGUCGCAGAGAGCAAGGAGCUCCGAGGUCUGAACCUCAUCGCCGCCCAUUCGCACAUUCGAGGCCUGGGGGUUGAUGUGGACUCGCUGCAGCCUCGCUCGUCUUCUCAGGGUCUAGUAGGUCAAGAGAAGGCGCGCAAGGCUGCCGCGGUAAUUCUUCAGAUGGUGAAGGAAGGCAAGAUUGCUGGUCGCGCUGUGCUGAUUGCGGGCCCACCCAGCACGGGCAAAACUGCAAUCGCAAUGGGUAUGGCCCAGUCACUUGGGUCUGAUGUUCCAUUCACUAUGCUGGCGUCUUCCGAGAUCUUCUCCAUGGAGAUGUCGAAGACGGAGGCCCUCACCCAAGCAUUCCGCAAGUCCAUCGGUGUGCGGAUCAAGGAGGAGAGUGAAAUCAUUGAGGGCGAAGUUGUGGAGAUCCAAAUUGACCGAAGUGUCACAGGUGGCAACAAACAAGGAAAGCUCACGAUCAAGACCACGGAUAUGGAAACAAUUUACGACAUGGGCACCAAGAUGAUCGACUCGAUGACCAAGGAGCGGGUCAUGGCAGGAGAUGUGAUAUCGAUUGACAAGUCCUCAGGCAAGAUCACCAAGCUGGGUCGGUCAUAUGCUCGGUCGCGCGACUACGAUGCAAUGGGCGCCGAUACCAAGUUUGUGCAAUGUCCCGAGGGGGAGCUCCAGGUUCGCAAGGAGAUCGUCCACACCGUUAGUUUGCACGAGAUUGAUGUCAUCAACUCGCGCUCGCAAGGCUUCCUGGCCCUGUUCUCCGGCGAUACGGGCGAGAUCCGGAGUGAGGUUCGAGACCAAAUCAACACCAAGGUGGCCGAGUGGAAGGAAGAAGGCAAGGCAGAGAUUAUUCCCGGUGUCUUGUUCAUCGACGAGGUCCACAUGCUUGACAUCGAGUGUUUCUCUUACAUCAACCGUGCCCUUGAGGCUGAAUUGGCCCCUAUCGUCAUCAUGGCCAGCAAUCGCGGCCAGGCACGGAUCCGCGGUACCACAUACACGUCUCCUCAUGGCCUGCCCCUCGACUUCCUGGAUCGCGUGGUGAUCGUGAGCACACAGCUCUACUCGGCAGACGAUAUUCGUCAAAUCCUCGCCAUCCGCGCACAAGAGGAGGAAAUCGAUGUGUCGCCGGACGCUUUGGCUCUUUUGACAAAGAUCGGACAAGAGUCCAACCUCCGUUAUGCCAGCAACAUCAUCACCACCUCCCAUCUCUUGAGCCAGAAGCGCAAGGCCAAGGAGGUCAGUAUUGACGAUGUUCAGCGCAGUUUCCGCUUGUUCUAUGACCCAGCUCGCAGUGUCAAGUUUGUCAACCAAUACGAGCAACGCUUCAUCGGCGACCAGGGCGCCGUCUCGUUCUCCGCCGCUACCAACGGCGACGCCAUGGAGCUUUCCUAA